AUGGCCAGCACCAGGAGUAUUGAGCUGGAGCACUUUGAAGAACGGGACAAAAGGCCGCGGCCAGGGUCUCGGAGAGGGGCUCCCAGCUCUUCCGGGGGCAGCAGCAGCUCAGGCCCCAAGGGGAACGGGCUCAUCCCUAGUCCAGCGCACAGUGCCCACUGCAGCUUCUACCGCACGCGGACCCUGCAGGCCCUCAGUUCAGAGAAGAAGGCCAAGAAGGCGCGCUUUUACAGGAAUGGGGACCGCUACUUUAAGGGCCUGGUGUUUGCCAUCUCCAGCGACCGUUUCCGGUCCUUCGAUGCUCUCCUCAUGGAGCUCACCCGCUCCUUGUCAGACAACGUGAACCUGCCUCAAGGUGUUCGCACCAUCUACACUAUUGAUGGCAGCCGGAAGGUCACCAGCCUGGAGGAGCUUCUAGAAGGUGAGAGUUAUGUGUGUGCAUCCAACGAACCAUUUCGCAAAGUUGAUUACACCAAAAAUAUUAACCCGAACUGGUCUGUGAACAUCAAGGGUGGAACAACACGACCCUUGGCUGCUGCCUCCUCUGUGAAAAGUGAAGUGAGAGAAAGUAAAGAUUUCAUCAAACCCAAAUUAGUGACUGUGAUUCGAAGUGGAGUGAAGCCUAGAAAAGCUGUGCGGAUCCUGCUAAAUAAAAAGACUGCUCAUUCGUUUGAACAGGUCUUAACAGAUAUCACCGAAGCCAUUAAACUAGACUCAGGAGUGGUCAAGAGGCUUUGUACACUGGAUGGAAAGCAGGUUACUUGUCUGCAGGACUUCUUUGGUGAUGACGAUGUUUUUAUUGCAUGUGGACCCGAAAAAUUCCGUUAUGCCCAAGAUGACUUUGUCCUGGAUCAUAGUGAAUGCCGUGUCUUGAAGUCAUCUUAUUCUCGUUCUUCAACUGUUAAAUAUUCUGGAUCCAAAAGUCCUGGGCCCUCUCGACGCAGCAAAUCACCAGCUUCAGUAAAGAGGGGUGGCCACUACUCCAGUGCCUAUUCUUCAGCCAAAUCCCCAGUUAAUGGAACUCCCAGCAGCCAGCUUUCUACUCCUAAAUCUACGAAAUCCUCCAGUUCCUCUCCAACUAGCCCAGGAAGUUACAGAGGAAUAAAGCAAAUUUCUACACAUGGCGGGUCUUCUUCCAAUAUCAAUGGUGGACCUGAUCUUGAUCGUUGUAUGAGUCCUGAAGGUGUGAAUGGAAACAGGUGCUCUGAAUCCUCAACUCUUCUUGAGAAGUACAGAAUUGGGAAGGUCAUUGGUGAUGGCAAUUUUGCAGUGGUCAAAGAGUGCAUGGACAGGUCUACUGGAAAGGAAUUUGCCCUGAAGAUUAUAGACAAGGCCAAAUGUUGUGGAAAGGAACACCUGAUUGAAAAUGAAGUGUCAAUCCUGCGCCAAGUGAAACAUCCCAACAUCAUCAUGCUGGUGGAGGAAAUGGAAACGGCUACUGAACUCUUUCUGGUGAUGGAGUUGGUCAAAGGUGGAGAUCUCUUUGAUGCAAUUACCUCUUCAACUAAGUACACAGAGAGAGAUGGCAGCGCCAUGGUGUACAACCUCGCCAAUGCCCUCAGGUAUCUGCACAGCCUCAGCAUUGUGCACAGAGACAUCAAGCCAGAGAACCUCCUGGUGUGUGAAUAUCCUGACGGGACCAAGUCUUUGAAGUUGGGAGACUUUGGACUGGCUACGGUGGUAGAAGGGCCUUUAUAUACAGUCUGUGGCACCCCAACUUAUGUAGCCCCAGAAAUCAUCGCUGAAACUGGCUAUGGCUUGAAGGUGGACGUUUGGGCAGCAGGUGUGAUCACUUACAUACUCCUCUGUGGAUUCCCACCCUUUCGAAGUGAGAACAAUCUACAGGAAGAUCUCUUUGACCAGAUCUUGGCUGGGAAGCUGGAGUUUCCAGCCCCCUACUGGGAUAACAUCACGGACUCGGCAAAGGAAUUAAUCAGUCAGAUGCUUCAGGUAAACGUUGAAGCUCGAUGUACUGCAGGACAAAUCCUGAGUCACCCCUGGGUGUCAGAUGAUGCCUCCCAGGAGAAUAAUAUGCAAGCUGAGGUAACAGGUAAACUCAAACAGCACUUUAACAAUGCGCUCCCCAAACAGAACAGCACCACUACGGGGGUCUCUGUCAUCAUGAACACGGCUCUAGAUAAGGAGGGGCAGAUUUUCGGCAGCAAGCAUGGCCCCGAUGGCAGCAGAGCGGCUCUGGAGCAGACCUCUCCAGCUCCUCCCUCGGCUGAGGGGUCUCCUGCCCGCCCCAAUUCUCCCACCCCACCCUCCCCUCCUGCUGCCCCCGGCUGUGAGCGGGCUGGGACCUGGCGCCGCCACCGGGACUGA